AUGACGGAUUCGUGGGAUACUGUUGAUAAUAGUAAGUUUUACCUUAUCUUUUGGUGGAAAAACUUGUGAAACAAGCGAAACCUUUCAUUUUUGAACUAGUUCUUUAUCAGACUUUGCUGAUUCACUGUCGAAAUUACUCUAAAACAUAGUUUUGUGUGUUUCGACAAGCUGUUGUUUCAACGAAAAUUUGGUUUUGCAGUUUACAAGUUCUUCCUCUAAUUUGUUCCUCUUGUCUCCUAGGUUUCGUCUUUGUUUAUCGUUCAGAACCUCUUUCAUCCACGGCCUUGGAUUAUUUCGGUCAUUUUGUAGACCAAUCAUGGGAGUUCGAUGCGAACGCAAGCAUCGCUGUCCAGGAAAAGUUCUUCAGAGAUGGUCAUGUCGGAGAUCGAUGUGAACUCCUAAUUUCUCAUCCAUUCUACUUGGCAACUGGUAAGUUCUCUUGUUUUUUUGCUUUCUGAGUUUAGGAACAUUUGGAUCGGCAAUGAGUGACCGAGGAACCAUUUUUUUGAGUAGUAGUUUAUAUCAGACUAGGUCGUUCUAAAAUUUGAUGCAGAUGUUGAAAAUUACAUCUUUUUUUACACAAAAUCACUAUUCAUUGCCUGUUCUAUGACGAUAGAUUACUCACAAUUGCAUAUUUCAGGGCCUGGACUUGGCAUGAACAUUGAAUAUUGGAAAGACGUAAAAUUUCUUUUGGUCAGAAUGAAAUCAGAGCACAUUAGUGUCCAAUGCACUUUGGAUUCGGAUGAGGUUGAUGAAAUCCUCAAGGAUAUUGAUGGUAGAUUUUAAUGACAAUAUUAUGCAAUACGGAAACUUUUAAAAAUUUAUAUAUUGUUUAUGUCUUUUAGGUUUAAAAGAGCUCAAGACGGUCAAAUUUACAUGCUUGGAGAGGCAGAAAUCAUGCAGAACAGAGACAGUCCUCAAGUAUAUCGGCGACAGAAUAGUUGAGAUCACUGCGGAUAAGUCCAUCAUUCCGUUUAUACACAAAUUACCUCACCUCAAGGAGUUCAACUACGCUGAACCUGGAGAAGUCGGUAAUAAUAAUUUUUUUAAACUUAAAAUAAUUUUUUUUGUGCUAUUUCAGAUAUUGAGGCGGUCUUUGGCUUGGCUGUCCCAUAUUUAAAUCUAAAACAUACCGAAUUCGUGAGGUUGACCGAGAUCGGAGAACAUCAGUAAGAUUCAAUUUUAUUAUUGCAUUAUGUGUUUAGGUUUACAAAGAAUUCGACUUUGAAUCGAGUGGAUAUCAACACGAAGUUGGGGGAGCUUGAAAAAUUAGAUGAGAAAGCAAUUUUGAAGACAUUUGAGGCACUAAAAUCGCUGAAUCCACAUAUUUUUGCCCAUUUUCAAUGUGAUAUGGUGUUCUACGACGAAAAAGAUGAGGUGAGAGGAUGAGUGAUUGAUGAAUUGAGGGGAUGAAAGCAAAAGAGAGAUGUUUGAAGUUAAUUUUAGAAGUUGGGAUAUUACACUUGACUUGAUGACGACUUUUUGCUAUUUUUAUGCUUUAGAUUGACAUUUUUUGGUAGUUUUUGUAGUUUAGAAGGUGAUUUAUGAAAAUUGCUUUAUUUUUUUGAUUUAUUCCAGUGGUCGGACACCAAAGUUUUCCUCAAAUUUUAUCAAUGUUCAAUUGAAAAGAUCACAGCUCAAGCAAAAACUGCCGACAUCAAGGCUUCAUUCAAUGUCUCAGCGGAAGUGAAGGUAAGUCAAAACUAAACUUUUAUUUAUUUUAUUUGAACUUUAGGACUAUCCCGAUAAAUUUGAUGAGUUUUUGGAAGCCACCUUCCCCGAUGCCAAGAUCACACUACAAGAUGAGGAUUAUAGUCUGGAUUAUGAUUCAAACGGCGUCAAAGUUAACUUUGGAGUUGGGAAGGAACAACCGAUGAUGUAA